AACGAAAUCUAUUCAAAUCGGACAUUCUCCUCGCGAGCCUUGCCAGACACCAGCACUCUCCAUAAUUACAUCUACACGAAUUCGCAGCUCGAGAGCUAUAAUGGCAUUGUGGUUCUUUGUCGCCGCCGCUAUUCUACUAGUGGGGAGCAGCCAAGCAAGAAGCUUAAUUGCUAGACAAGUUCUCGGUGAUACAUCCCUCCCCGCCAACAUUACUCCGUUAUCUACCGUGACAGUUCCCAUGGCCUUUACCUUUCAAGACGCCAGGAACGGAAUUUUUUGCGGAACAUUUAACAUCACCCACAAUCCCAGUGCUGCCUAUUGGUAUCCAUCCACAAUUUGGACUCUCGAUAUCAUCCUCACCAAUAGUCAGGUCUGGUGGAUCUCCAACGCAGUCGCGGAUAUUUGGCAAGAGAAUCAAGGAGGCAAUCUACGAGCCACACCAAUCAAUGGCGUAAACAACGCAGUUCAACCAGGGGGUUGGGUCCAAGUUGCAGUCUGCUAUGAUGUGUUGGAUAUGAGCAAGGCUUAUGGAGUGGUUGGAACGGCAACGUUUGGGACAUCAGAGAAGAUUGUUGUUGCAACAACAAGCUCCGCAAAAGUAAGCAGCACCACAGCUUCACCAACACCAACACCAACGCCUCCGUUUGUGCUGAACCUGGGUGGAGCCGCUUUGCGACCGGUGCCUCCAAAGAAAAUCCGUCGAGACAUGGAGCUAGAAGAGCGUCCCGUCGAAGAUGAUCACAAUGAAGAGCCAAAUGAAGAGUAGGUUAUAAGAGUCCCUCACCUAGAAACGUGAUUUAUGUCCUGUACAUGUUUUAAAAAAGUAGUGUUAGUUAGUAGUGACGCUUGUAUAUGUUUAACUUGAGAGAGUUCACAAUUUGAUGAAGGAAGACGACAUUCUAAAUAUUGAUACAAAAGAUGCCAGAGAAAAUCAAU